AUGCUCAACUCUAAAAACCUUGUCGCCAGUGGUAGUCGUAUCGUCAGGAAGAUUGCUUCUUCAUCAUCACAGUCAAAACCUUGUAUCGGGGCUGCCUCAUCUGUUUUUUCACAAGGGUUCCACUUUGAGCACUCUAAUCUCCUCCAAAAACAUUCUCUUUUACAAAGAUUACUUUCCCAACAACAAGAACGUUUCUUCUCCUCAAAUUUACGUCAACAUGAUUCCAAAGUUGAUUUAUCUGGAUCCAAUUAUAUCAAUAUUUUAGAUAUUCCUCAAGUUGAAUCUGAAGCUGAUUCCGAAGGAUUUGUCACAGUAAAGAAUAUUCGUAACUUGGCAAUUAUUGCUCACGUCGAUACAGGUAAAACAACAAUGAUUGAUUGUUUAUUAAAACAAACAGGUACAAUUAAAGAUGAUGCUGAAGAACGUACAAUGGAUAGUUUGGACUUGGAAAAGGAAAGAGGUAUUACAAUUAUGGCUAAAUUGACAUCAGUUCAAUAUAAGGGUGAAUAUAUUAUCAAUAUUGUUGAUACUCCAGGACAUGCUGAUUUUUCAGGUGAAGUGGAAAGAGUCAUGUCAAUGGUUGAUGGUGUUUGUUUACUUGUUGAUGCUACUGAAGGUGUUAUGGCUCAAACAAAGUUUGUUUUGAGAAAGGCCUUAGAACAUGGAUUGAAACCAAUUGUUAUUUUCAACAAAUCAGAUCGUGAAACUGCUCGUAUUGGAGGUGAAGUUGAAAAUGAAGUUUAUGACUUAUUUAUUGAUUUGGGAGCUAAUGAUGAACAAUUGGAUUUCCCAAUUUUAUAUGCCAGUGCCAAGAGUGGUUGGGCAGUUAAAGAUUUUGAAAAGGAUGAAAGAAAGAAUACAGCUCCAAUCUUUGAAGCAAUUUUGGAACAUAUUCCAUGUCCAAAAGUUAGACCAUCUGCUGCAAGUCCAUUCCAAAUGCUUGUUAGUACAGUUGAUUAUGAUAGAAUUUUCGGUAGAAUUGUUACUGGUAAAAUGUAUGGUGGUGCCGUUAAACCAGGUGAUAGAGUUAAAGUUAUGAGUAGAACUGGUGAAGUUUUAGAAGAAGGUAAAGUUUUACAAGUCAUGCAAAGAAUUGGUAUGCAAAGAACACCUGUAAAGAGAGCUUUAUCUGGUUCUAUUGUAUCCAUUGCUGGUAUUUCAAAGGCCAGUGUUACUGAUACAGUUUGUGAUGUUAAACAAGUUACAACUCCAAUUGAAGCUAAACCAAUUGAUCCUCCAAUUUUGUCUGUAAUGUUCCUUGUCAAUGACAGUCCAUUGGCUGGUAAGGAAGGUAAAUUAUGUUCUGCAACUCAACUUCGUGCUCGUUUAUUGAAGGAAGCUGAAAUGAACGUCAGUUUAACAAUUAAACCAAUGGGUGAAGCUUUUGAAAUUAUGGGUCGUGGUGAAAUGCAAUUGGCUGUACUUAUUGAAAAUAUGAGAAGAGAAGGUUAUGAAUUCCAAGUUUCUCCUCCAAGAGUCAUCUUUAAGGAUGUUGAAGGUGGUGGUAAGGAUGAUAUUUUGGAACCAAUUGAAGAAGUUACAAUUGAUGUUGAUAAUGGUUUGGCUGCUCAAUGUAUGGAAAAGCUUGCUAAGAGAAAGGGUGAAAUGAUUGAUUAUAAGGUUGAUGGUAUUAAGGCUAAAUUACUUUAUAGAGUUCCAACUCGUGGUCUCAUUGGUUAUGCUUCUGAAUUCAGAACUGAUACUCGUGGUGAAGGUAUGCUCACUCACAUUUUCAGUGAUUAUGAACCAUACAAGGGACCUAUUGAAAAGACUAGAAAGGGUGUCAUGGUUUCACUUGAAGGUGGUAAAGGUACACCUUAUGCUUUAGGUCCACUUGAAGCUAGAGGUAAUAUUUUCAUUCAUCCAUCAGCUGAAUGUUAUGAAGGUAUGAUUGUUGGUGAACACAGUAGAGAAAAUGAUAUUGAAGUUAAUCCUUGUAAGGAAAAACACUUGACUAACAUGAGAGCAGCAGGUAAGGAAGAUACUAUCAGAUUAUCUCCACCUCGAGUAUUCCAAUUGGAAGAAGUUUUGACUUAUAUCCAACAAGAUGAACUUAUUGAAGUUACACCAAAGAAUAUUCGUUUGAGAAAGAAAGUUUUGGGUGCCCUCGACAGAAAGAUGGCCAAGAGAAAAGAAAAAUAA